CUCUGAUUGAAUCCCCCACAAUCUCCUGCGUCCCCUCAUCCUGCGAAAUACCCACUGUCAUACUUACUCGACUCUACUAACGCUCCGACACGACUUGACUUACGAAACCACGAAACCACUAAAUUCCAAACAUGUCUGAAGCCGGUCAACGCCUCAGUCCCAUUUUGAUGCGUUCUGGCACCCCCGGUCCGGCAGAGAAAGUGCUCCGCUAUCUAGAAGGCAUGUCCCGCGAAGGCGAUGACGUCGACAUUUCUCCCCCUCGGUCGCUCGCAGAUGCUGAAGAGUACAACGCUACCAUCCCGGAGAUGCUGCGGUCCCCUGGCGUCCGAAGCAAGACCAGUCAGGCUCUGCGGGACUUGGCCAAAUCACCUGUCAGCUACGACGAUCGGUCUAAGGGUGGUGGCGUCGCGCUCGGCGGCGACAAGCAAACGCGCACGAGGACAGUGAACGGAGACGAUGCGGCCUCGAUAGAGCAAAACGGGCAGCGCUCAGAGUUUGGAGAUCAUCCUUUGCCUGUGCGUCAGCCCAGCUUUGAGCCAGGUCCGAAUGACGACCCCGGUCCUCACUAUCCUUCGUUCGACUCCGGACCCUCGUUCGGAAACUUCGGACCCAUGCCCGACGAUGGACCCUCCCGCACACCUAUGUUCCAACCUACAUGGACACCUGACUGGGGGCAUGCAGUGCCAGCGUAUGUGAAAGUUCCCCUGCCUGAAUCCAGGACAGGAAGCGUGAACGUUGAUGGGGAGGCUGCGUCUCAGGCUUCGAAGAAGGCACACACGCAACGUACUGCUUCAAAGGCCCAGCAGAACGACGAACGUCCCUGGUCUCCCAUGUCGAGUCGAUCUCGCCUGACCAAGGCCACCGAGAAGGCCACUGCCUAUCCUGCCUUGCCGGAAAGUCGUGUCGGUGAAGACGAUUCUCCGCCUCGGUCCAAAACUCACUCUCCGCCGCCGCCGCAAUCCCCAUCACGGAAGGCGGAGCCGCUGUCGCCUCGAAGCGCCACUCGCAGCAUGCAGAACCCUCCGCGUUCUCCCGGCGGAUCCAUGUUCUCUGGCGGGCAUCAGAACAGACCGUUUUCGCCCUAUCGGCACGCCCCUACCCACGAGGACCUUCUGCACGCAGCGGUCCGGGGGCGUGCAUUUAUCCCGCCAGAUCUAGACCAAUCCGCAGCCGAGCCAGCCUUACCACCUCCGUCAACGACGACUCCAGUGAUGAAAGCCGCCUCCGUCGCUCGCUCUCAGUUCUCUGCGCAAUCACCACUGCCUGUCAAAGCCCCAUCGAUUGCCUCGCACAGGACCGGGAGCACAGCCACACCUCUCCAACGGCCGUACUCCCCGAAUGAGCUUAACCAAGAGGAGGAGCAGAUCGUCCAAGAUACACUUGCAGGGAGAACCCCUCGGACGUCCCAUUAUGCGCCGUCGGUCUUGGGCUCGGAUGUCGUCAACUCCCAUUUCCACGACAUGGACCUCUGCGUUCUGCUGCACCAGGAGAAUGACCCCACCGUCCACGAUGUUGUCAAGAAGGCUCUUCGCAAGGCAAUCCGACAGCGUGUCAAGAAAUUGGGCAUGAAGCACGACACCGAGUCAAUCAGACAGUACCGAAAGGCGCAUGACCAUGAUCCCAGCGUGCAUUUGUCUCAAGAAGAUCUGGAAGAGCCUCCGAAAUGGGCAGCCGACAUCAAGCGUGAACUUGUUCUGAUGCAGCAGCGGAUUGAAAGUCUCGGCCCGAAGAUUGAUGGGCUCAAGUCACCGAGCGAGGGCCAUUCCAAAUUGGACUACGAGGAGGAGGAGCCUGUCCAAUACAAUGAGACUCCGCUCACUCGCACGGUCAAUAUCCACACUCAGCCGACUGGGACCCUGGCCGAGUCGUUAUACCAGCACCCAGAAGAGGAGCAUGUCAUCCUCGAGGAGGACGAGGUCAACGAGGGAUCUGACGACGGGACCGAGAAAGAACCGAUGGGAUCGGAUGCCCUUUCUCAGCAACAUAAUCUCCUGCCUCGUGACGAGUCCCCAGGCCACCAGCAUUUCGAGGAAGAGCUGUACAAACUACGGCAGAAGCCGGCGGGAAGCAACCUGUCCUACGAAGUCGGGCUGGAUGACGACGGCGAUUACGACGACCGUAGUGGCGAGGGACCCAGUCCUACGGGCUUGCAGACGAUUCCCGAUCGCGAAUCGAAUGCCGAUCGGGAGUCGAACGCCGAAGUCGCCAACGAUGAAGCAGCUCCGCAAUGGAAUGCUGGUGAUAUCAGCCACGAGUCGCAGCCCCGUCUUCCGCCAUGGCAGCUGAUCCACCAACGGCUGCUUACGUGGGCCAUCAUUUGGCCUGCGAGCGACCUGGAUACAGCACUGAACAGCACCACUCGCGGGCAGCAAGUGAACGAAGUCGCGCUGACGAUCUGGUCCACUCAGACCUACAAGCGCUAUGUGCGUGCCAAGUUGACGGACAGUCCGCAGGGCCUGGUCGACCGCCUCUUCGUUCCCCCCAAUGUCGCUGAUGCCAUCAGCAAUGCUGUGUUCAAUGGUCGACACGGCGAUGCGUGUGGCAUGCUCAGAGACCUGUGGAGUCCGUUUGGUCUGGAUGGGAUGCCGAGGUUAAUUGUGGUGCUAGCCAAACAUCGCACAGACCCGAACCACUGGGUUGUGCACAGGUUCUCCCUUCCUGAAGGUGCACUGACGACAUACGAUUCGUAUCCGGAGCGGACUUUGCCGGACGGACGGCCGCUGGGCUGGUGGUUUGCCAUCCGCGUUGCCUGGCCCAAUGCCAAUUACCCCAGUCCAGACAAUCUGAUGCAAAAGAUGGUUCGGCUUCACCGGCCCUUGCAGCUGGCCAUUGACAACUCGGUCGCUGCCUGUGGACUGUGGAGGAACAUCCUCAUGGGCUCCCGAGCUGAGCGCAGCCUGGAUUUGGAGAGGCUCAGAGAUUUGAUCAACACUGAGGUCAAAAACCUGCGGCAGAAGAAACAGAUCGGCAAGUUGUCCAUUGCGGGACCUCGGCCAGUCUGGGACAUGCAUUAACAUUUACCAAAUAUAUUCGCGCGAUACCUUUACCUAUAAAUUCCCGCCCUGCUGUUGUAUCUACUCUUAGCUGUAUAGUCGACUCGAUAUGUCUUUCUUUACAAAUCGGAUUUAUUGUGGCUGUGGAUAA